AUGGCGGAAGAAGAAGACGAAAUUUCGAGCGGGAAUAAUUAUGAGGAUUUUCUCGAAUACCCUACCCCUCUACGCCUCGUACAGCGCAACAGACGCGAAGAGUUUAUCAGAAUGGUUGAAUCUAGCACAGAUCGUAAAGCAAUUUUGAACUGCGUUCAUUUGAAAUCCGGUGACACACCGCUCAUCGUCGCAUCGCGCCAUGGACACAUUGACUUGCUAAAGUUCUUGAUUUCUUGUGGAGUUGAUAUUGAGCAGCGCAGCAAAGACUUGAAAAGAGCUUUGCAUGAAGCAGCUGCUGGGUCACACCUAGAGUGUACCAAGCUUCUCAUUUCUAAUAACGCGGAGGUUGAUUGUUUGAAAAGAGCAGACUGGUAAUGACAUGUACAUGGCAUAUGCUAUUAAUCAAUUCAAUUACUAUUAUUAUUCAUUCAAAAUAUUUCCCCGAUUCUGAUUGGCUAAAAGCACACGCAUAAUUCACCAUAACCAGCUUCUGAUGACAAAAUUUGGAAGAGUUUUGCUAUUAAUCAACCGAUGACGUCAAAAGAGCAGCUUCUUUGGAGGUUAAUGCACUGUUAACCAAGAAGACCCUGGGACGAGGUUGAGUUGUUUUGGUUGUAAAAACAAAAAUGGAGGAUAUUUCAGUCAUUUCAAGAGUAAGAAUUAGUAAGAAAUAAUAGCUAAAAACAUGGCAAGAACAGCAAGAAGACAACUCGAUUUUAGGGCGUUAUCUGCUAAUUGGAGAAUAUUUGCGGAGCUGAACAACCCUAAACAUGCACCAUCAAAGAUGAACUUAACAUUGAUGGAGUUAAGCAUGUUUCAGCUAUGUUUUUAAACUAGGAAUUAUUUUAAAUGAAUCAUAAAACAAUUAUUAAAUUCGGCUUUCCUAUCAUCUGAAGAAUUAUGGAGAUCUCGGAGGAUAUUAUCUGUCGAGGCCGAUAACACCCUCCUCGAUCUCCAUAAUUCAUCAAAAGAUACUUGGCCUCAUUCAUUAAUUGUUCAAUAACCGCACUAUUGUUAUAGAACUGUUAUUAUCAGUUUUAGCCCCCACUCCCUCUCAGAACAAAAGUAGAUGUUUCUAAGAGAUCAGGUACCAAUAACACUGACCCCUCUCCUCUCCUGCCAGGAUUUCCUUUGCCUUCAAUUGGGGGUGGGAGGAGGGUGUGGGGAUUAGAUGGAAUGGUUGCCAGACAUUGCCUAUCUUUGCCUGGGUUCAGAGGCGUGAGCUUUUGAAAAGCUAAGGGAAGAGAGAGGUAGGCUGUUAUUUUUGUGCUCAGUUUUCUUGCUGCCAAAGCUUCUGUAUUUGGACCCAGAUUUAGAGCUUAAUGCUUUUGCAUUCCUAAUAAUAGCCCCUUAAGUGGUAGUGACAUGAAUGAAUUAAUUUUUUCUACAUUUCAUUUUACUUUAUUUUUAUUAUUUUACUCAUCUGUCAGUAUAGGACCCCACUAAUGUUGUCUUGUGCAAAAAGCAAUCUUGAUGUCAUCAGAGUGUUGGUCCAGAAUGGUGCAAAUCUGAGACUUAGAAACAAAGAUGGCUGGAACUGUUUUCAUAUAGCUGCAAGGGAGGGGCAAACAAAUAUCUUGAAUUAUCUGCUUGACAGUUGCACAGACAUAUGGAAUAGCUGUAGCAAGAAUGGACGGACACCACUUCAUACAGCAGGUGGUUAAAGUCUGAAGCACUGAUAUAAAUAUAAGAUACUAAUUCUCCUUACUGGCAUCUGCAUUAUUUCUUGUUGCAAUAGUUCAGACGGAGACACUAUUGAUUGAUUAUUGAAGUCUAAUCACAAAGUGCACCUGGUAAUUUUCUCAAGAGUUAUAAUUACAGAUCCCCUCCCCUCCCCUCAGAAAAAAAAUUGGAGAGGCAGCCCCUUCUCCAAUUUUUUUCUUCUAAGGGGAGUGGGGGGGGGGGGUCUGUGCAGCACAGACUAGACAGUGUUCAUUUGAUCAUGUGCUGUUUAUCGGGGUGUAGUGAUUGAGUUUUAUCCACGAUUUUAAAUUUUCUUUGGUAAUGCAGAGCCCAUGAAAAAUUGAACCCCAAAGUAAUGAUGAUAAUAAAAAACUCAUGGCUUAGAAUAACCUACAUGUAGACGAGCAAGAGAUCCUGUAGAAAUCUUUUUCCAGUAUUUUAACCCAUUCUGUAAAAUGUUGAAUUUCAGCUCUCCAUGGUAAAGCAGAUGCUGUUAAUCUUUUGCUUUCAAGGUAAAACUGAAGUUCCACGUGUAAAAGUAUUUUAGAAUUGACUUUUGUUAGUAGCUUAUUUUGACCAUGCACAUGAUCAUGGAGGACUAUCAAACUCCCAAAAACAAGCAGUCAUCACUUUAUUUGAUAAAAAGGGUCAGGAGCUAAUUGAAACAUUUAUGGUAAUGUCAUCAUAGACCAACGACUCUCACCCCUAAAGCUAGAGUUGCCAAGAAUGUAACUAUUAUUUUUAUUGGUCCAUUGGGAUGAGAUACACAGUUUGUUUUCUUUGAGUCUUGUUGUAAUCUGGUGAGAUGAAUUUCUGGAAAACAUGAAGACUCGUUUUUCAAGAGGCCAGAAGUUAAUUGCUUCAUCAUUAAAGUUCAGUAUAAGGUACAAGACUAACUAACUGGUGUUUCUUUUAUGUGUUCCUGUCUGUAGAUGUGGUUUUACAAUGGACUCGCCUGACUGCUGUGGUUCCACACCCUUAAUGGAUGCACUCCGUACAGGUCAUGUACAGAUAGCAGAAACUCUCAUCAAGACAUACAAGGUAGACAAUUCUAUACAGUGGAUUAGUAAUAAAACUUCUCUUGAAAUGAAAUAAAUAUCCUGCUAAAAUCAAAUGGGCAAUUUCUCUGUUUUAUAUCAAUGUCCAGGUUUAUGUUCAAGAAUUAUAUACUAGUGCUUCCAUUAACUCUCUCUAAGAUGGGUACAAUUCAAAGUAGCCAGUCCCAUGUGAAAAAAACUAGCCAGUCCCAAGUUUUACUUGGCACUUGGUACUUGAAAACUUUUGUUGCGCCUUUUCUCCCAACCCGACUGACUGCCCCUUGUUCUCCGAGGAUGAGGUGCCAUUAACCCUUGAAAGUCCUCAUAUCCACGUACAAGUUCGAUGGCGGAUCCAGACCUCCAGAUAACGGAAGGGGGGGGGGUGGUCAUCCAGACCCUGAGAUAGGGGAGGGGGCAGUCUCAAAAAAAAUUUUUUUUCAGCCCUUUGGGCCUCAGUUUGGUCUAAAAAGCUCCUCGGGGUGUACAUUUCCUCAGACCUCAGCUGGUCGACUCAUUGCGACUAUAUAAUAAAGAAAUCAAAUCGCCGCCUUUAUGCUCUAAGAAAACUGAAAGCUUGUGGGGUGCAAGAUGGGGAGUUGGUGGCUGUGUAUUGCUCCCUACUAAGAUCUGUUCUAGAGUAUGCAUCGGUAGUUUUUGCAGAUUUACCGCAGUAUCUCUGCAUGGCUUUAGAAAGAGUGCAAAAGAGAGCCCUACGAAUCAUCUUUGGUCCUGACUUGAGCUACGAGGACACCCUCGCGCGUUCCGGGCUUCUGUCUCUACAGGCCAGACGCCACCUGGCGUGCAAGAAAUUUGUGACGGAAACUAUGCACGGUAGCCCGCUUUACCGCCUAAUAUCCAGCAGGGUCAUCUCGUCACAAACCUCGUAUUCACUGAGGUCAGGACCAUCAUGCCAUGUGUUACCCGGCCGAACUGACCGGUUCUCAGAAUUCGUGUCAGUUAAAUAUUCGCCGUAUAUCGAUUGUGUGUAAUAAUGUGUAUGCGAUUUCUACCAUGUUACUACUUUAUUAUAUUUAUGUUGUUAUAUUUAUAUAUUUAUAUGUAUAACUGAAUGUUUGUAAGUCUUUGCCUGACCCUACCUGUAAUUCAGAGAAAUCUGCGAAUGGUGGAAAUAAACAAAUAUUAUUAUUAUUAUUAAAAUAAGGGGGGGAGGCCUCCUCUGGAUCCACCACUGAAAUUCUUUGCAUUGAACUCCAUACAUUUCCUUGAAGAAUUAUAAAAGAUCGAAGCAUUUCUCCUCUGGUUACCAUUUUAUCAAUUCCCAUAACCUUUCCUCUUGAUCAUGUACUGAUUUUGUUAGGAGAAAAUUGAUGUUGGUCACUCUUGGGACUCAGUGCAAAUCACAGUUUCACACUUGAUAAAUUUAUCUCUCAUGUGAAGAAUCAACCUUGUUCCCAGGGUUCUCUUCUGCUCACAACUCUUCAUCAUCAUUCUUAUCACCCUAUGAAAGGUCAUCCAAGACAGUAUUGGAACUGGAUUCCUUGCUGUGUAUUUGGGAUUUCAGGUACCGGAGUCCAGACUCCUUGUCAGUUGAAAUUCUGGAUUCUAGUGGUUAGCGGGAUUCCGGAUUUCUUGAGCUGAAUUCUGAAUUCCCUCUUCUACUCGGAACUCUUCAUCACCUUCCUUAUCACCCUACAAAAGGUCAUCCAAGACAGUCUUGGAGUUGGAUUACUUGCUAUGUAUUCAGGAUUCCAGGCAGGGGCGUAGCCACCCUGUAGACCUGUAUGCUCAAGCUUACAAAUUUUUGGUUUGAUCACUCUACCACUCGUAAUGAAUAAUGCAUUGUUGGGGUGAGCUAAAAAGCUUAAGAGCUCAUAGUGUUGAUAAGGUCAGUGCGUACUAAUCAAGCAUGCAAUUUUCAGGAUAUUGAAUGAAAGUCAGCCAGGCCUACAACUAGUCGAAAGGCUGGCUUCGCCCCUGCCAGAUAAUGGCUUCGGGAUUCCUUGUCAGUUGAAUUCUGAAUUCCCAAGUCCAGGAUUCGGAAUUCUGGAAACAAAAAUUUCCACAUCCGCAAUCCAGAUUGUUUUACGCGGGUCAUAUCUUAUUUUUUGUUGCUGUUAUGUAUCUGUUUAUUUAUAUAUUUAUUUAUUUAUUCAUCUGUUCGUUCAUUCGCUAAUUUAUUUUUAUUUUCAGGCAUCAGUAAACGCAACAGAUCAGCUUGGCAGACAGGCUAUUCACCUAGCAGCUCAAGCCGGUUGUAUUUCCUCACUAGAAUACCUGAUUACAUACCAUGGUGUGGAUGUAAACGUGUGUACUGGGAAGUCUCAAAUGAUUCCUUUACACCUGGCAGCUAAGGUACAUGUUUGAUGCUGCUUAACAUCGCUCACAGUGUAAACUGUUGCAGAUUUACAAUUUUUAAACUCAUUCCCCACCAUCUGAACGCGGCACUGUACUAGCUGAACACCUGGAACAGGCUACUGAAUAUGUUAGAGCGCUGAUCUGCAGAAUGGUAGAUCACGGGUUCAGUCUCUGUGGUUACACAAAUACUUAGCAUGAGGGUCUCAUAAUAACUAAGUUCAAAUUUCAUGUCGAAUGUUCACGCCCUUACCUAUUUAAAUUGGAUUCCAAUGGCAUUGUGUACCCAUGGGUUCUUUCUGUAGGUAAUGAGUCACAGUUCACGUACAACAAAAGAAACAGUGCAACCAAACAAUAAAGGCCCCAGGAAAACUCUAUUGUUUGUUUUUUUUUUGUUUCGUUUGUGAUGACAGUACCUGCAUGAAGAUCUUAUUUUUACUUUCCUGACAGGAAGGCCAUGCACAAACCCUCCAGUAUUUACUGGACAAAGGAGCUGUUAUUAAUAAACAGGACAAGAAUGGGAGAACAGGUAAAAUAAUAUUCGACUGUUCCUACCAUUUGGAUUAAGACUUCACAGCAAAACAUUGCUUUGUUGCUGACCGAGACAUUGCUUUUUGCCAUUAUUUUUGUCUCCCAGCUCUUCAUCUUAGUUCAGCCGCUGGUCACGAAGUCUGUGUGGACAUUCUGUUGCGGGUGCAUAACGUCGAUAGGGGCAUCAAGGACUGCUUUGGAAAGACGGCCAAGGAACUUGCUCUUAAGCCCUCAGUCCGAGACAUAUUUGAUAAGGAUAGAACUGUAGCAUAA